UGAGGUUUGGUUUCUUUUUUUGAAUACUGACUUGAGUAGUUAAGUUCAUGUUUGAUUGUAGUUUCCUUUCUCAAGCAAAAGUGAAAGAUAGAGGAACGGGUAGUUUAUUUAUUUUGUGUAGAGCCUGAACUGGAUCAUUCUAUUGCCUUUCCUUGUUUUGGCGUUGUUCUCUGGUCAACAAAUUUCUGGGUCAGCUAAUCCCUGAUUUGUGCAGGGCUAUUAGAUUUUUUUGCAAAAGAACAACCAUUUAGCCACACCCUUUCUACAUUUGUCAUCUUCCUGUUUUUGUUUUUUAGUCUGAGUUAAAUUGGGAGAAUCUAUUUUCUUAUUUUUGCCUUUUCUGUACCGUCUUUGAUGUUGGAGACCAGAAUUUGUUGAUUUUCUGGACAUUACCAUGUAGGAUUAAUAUGGUUUGGGAGAGUGUUUUAAUAGUUGAGUUUAUAAUUUCUGAAUUUCUGUAUGAAAUUUGUGGGAUUAGUUGGAGAGGGAGAGAGAGAGAGAGAGAGAGAGAGAGAGAGAGUGAGUGAGUGAGGAAGGUCUCUUUUGGGGCUUAGUUUGGGAAGAUAGGUUUGGAGGUUUCUGACUGAAGUUGCUUAGAAUGGCAGAAAACUCCGGUAGUGAUAAAGAACUGAGGUCACUGACACUAACACCAACAUGGUCUGUUGCUACCGUGCUGACAAUAUUUGUGGUGGUUUCGUUGGUUGUGGAAGGCUCAAUUCAUCGCCUGAGCAAUGUAGGUACUUGUAUCUAGGUUGUAAUUUUUGGUCAUCCUUCUAUCAGCUAAUUAUGUAUUUUGUGUAAUUUGCUUCUUUGGCUUUUGCACAUUUCUAGAAUGUUUCAUGUUAAUUUGGUUAACAAGUAAAAAUUUAUCUGAUAUUCAUAUUUUACUUAUAAUUGCCACUGAGAGAAUUUUUAUCAGUGACAGUGAAUAUGUAGAUGAUAAUGUAUAAGCGAUUGGUUAUCUCUUAUCACUGGAAUUUGUUAAAUAUGAGAAGUAAUAAUUUCAUGGUUGCUUGGGUUUUAUUGGACAUAAUAUGAAAUUAUCUGGUGCUUGUGGUUUUCUGCAACUGUUGGUUAUUUAGUAUCACUCUAUUAAUAUAUUUUCUGAUAACUUGUCUAUUCUUUUAUCAAACCAUGACAUAGAUUUAUUCAGGUAAAGAGGUUUGUAUAAGGUGUAAUGCUUGGAAGCUUUCUACUGAGUUUCAUUUUUCGUUCUUCCAGUGGUUGCGUAAACCAACAGAAAACCUUUGCUUGCAGGUGUAGAGAAAAUGAAAGAAGGGUUAAUGCUGCUUGGCUUCAUAUCCGUCUUUCUAACAGCCACCUCAAGCACAAUCGCCAAUAUUUGCAUUCCUUCAAAGUUCUACGAUAGUACUUUUGCUCCAUGUGCCAGGUCUGAAAUUGAUCAACAACUUGAAGAUGAUGGUUCCAAGGGGCAAAAACUUUUGAUGAGUCCUGUUUCUCACUCAUUUAGGAGAAUUUUGAAUAGCAUGAAUUGAAAUAACUGCAAAGAGGGUCAUGAGCCUUUUGUUUCAUAUGAAGGUCUUGGGCAGUUGCACCACUUCAUAUUUGUCAUGGCUAUCACACAUAUAUCCUACAGUUGCUUAACGAUGUUGCUGGCAAUUGUGAAGAUUCAUAAUUGGAGGGCAUGGGAAGAAGAAGCUUAUAUGGACCGACACAAUUCAUUACACGGUAAGGCAAACCAGUAUUUUUAAUUUAAAUUCAUCUUAUAAGUUACUUGGAAAAACUUGUAGGGUAAGGAAUUCUAUGUUUUAACUUCUUAGAGCUUACUGACACAAUAUAUUACUACAUCCUAC